AUGGCUGGGAGAGUAAAGAUCAAUGUAGAUGGGAGUAGUUUGGGAAACCCAGGCCAAGCAGGUGGAGAGGGAAUGAUUCGCAAUGAUAAAGGGAUGGUGCUAGCGGCGUUUGCCACUAACUUUGGGAUAGCAUCAAAUAAUGAAGCUGAGCUGAGAGCUAUUAUUGAAGGACUUAAACUUUGCCAGCAUAUAGGAUGUUUUCAUGUUGAUAUUGAAUGUGAUUCCAAGAUUGUUGUCGAAUGGAUGUUGAAACGCAAAUGCACAGUUUGGAAAGGCAAUCAAGUGGCGGAUUUAUUAGCAAAAAUGGGUGCACAAGGGUUAAUGCAGAGAUUUACAUCUUGUGGUGACUUGCCUGAGCAGGCUCGAGGACUUGUUCGGUUGGACCGCAUUGGAGUUCUCUAUUUACAUAAGUGA